CGAGAUGUCCAGACUCUGUAUUCCAGGGAUACUAUCUCUAUUGUAUGUCAGUAUACUGUGCUUCCGGUAUAUGCAUAAAAUAUAUGAGUAUAUGAGUAAAUAUGAGUCGUGUUAGAACGAAGACGGUCAAAAAGGCCGCGAAGCUUAUUAUCGAGAAAUAUUAUCCACGUCUCACGUUAGAUUUUCAUACAAACAAGAGAAUAUGCGAAGAAAUCGCUAUCAUCCCCAGUAAAUCUUUGCGCAAUAAAAUUGCUGGAUUUAUCACUCACUUGAUGAAGAGACUUAGACAUAGUCAGGUACGUGGAAUCUCCAUUAAGUUGCAAGAAGAAGAGAGGGAACGCAGGGACAACUAUGUUCCUGAAGUCUCUGCACUGGAGCAUGAUAUUAUCGAAGUUGAUCCAGAGACUAAGGAGAUGUUAAAAAUGCUAGAGUUCCACAAUAUCAAUGGAUUGCAACUUACGCAGCCUGUUCCACAAUUUAACAGGCGUUCUUAAAAAUUAUGUAAAUAACAAAACAAAUGUGUGAAAUGCAAUCUGUUAUACAUUGUGCACUUUGAUUAUAUAUAUGAUUAUAUGUAUAGCAGCGCGCAAAUCACGAUAGAUGUGUUCUGUUGGAUGGCGCACAAUAAAAGCCUUAAUAAUAUUAGAUAGAAUGUAUUGGCAAGCCAAUCCUCAUUGCCGUAAUGCGAGUUGUAGGCAUAACAUUCCUUUUCAUUUGUUGCACAAAACGCAUUAUUAGAGAAUCCAAUCAUGCCAGCGAAUCCUCCAAUACAAACUGAUGGAUCUCGUACUUUUGAAAUAAAAUUACAGAUUUACACAUAA